UGCUCCCUGGAUGGCUCCAUCUACGUGACAGCUGAGAGUGCUCCCUGGGUCCACGUGCUCAGCAGCACAGGCCACACACUGCAGACCCUGUCCUGCCAGCAAACAGGCAAGGGAGGCAGCAUUUUCUUGCCCGAAGAUGUGACUGUGACUAGGAUGGGAAUGGUGGCUGUAGCUGACAUGGUGAAUGAAGCCAUCUGGGUCUUCAACCCUCACACCAGCCUCUCCAAGGGGGAAUGGAUAAAGAUCAGGACUGUCGGUUCCCCCAGGGGCAUUGGAGUAGACUCCAUGGGCAAGAUCCUGGUAGCAGAUUAUGCACAAGGCCAAGUGCACAGCUUUGCUCUGGACCAUGCCUUCAGGACACUCAAUGUCCACACUGUCCCAAAUCUGCAGGGACCUCGCUAUGUCAGCCCGGUGCCCAGUGGAGGCUUUGUGGUGAGCGAGGAGUGUGGAGACGUCAAGGUCUUCAUGAGCAGCUGUAAGCUCCUCUGCUCCCUCAGCAGCAAAUAUGGACACCAGUUUGGCAACCCUGCUGGGGUCUGUGUGGACACGGAUGGCAGCAUCCUGGUGGCAGAUGAGCAACACCGCACAGUCCACUUGUUCCCAGAGCAUGGAGCUCCCAUCUGCCUGGUGUCCACAGGGCUGCGGAGGCCUGCUGGCAUGGCUUGCUCCUCCUCUGGGCACCUCUUUGUGGCAGACACAGUGGAGAACUGUGUCAAAGUCUUUAAGUACUGUGUGAGGCCCCCAUACAGACCCACCAACGCUGGGGCAUCAUGUGCUGACCCCACCCAAACACACAGGUGGGGAGGAGGGGUGAUUCCCCUGCAGCCCCGCUGAGCUGUGCA